AUUAGUUACCCUUUAAAAGUUCUCACUAAGAUUAACUUGUUCAGUGGAUGAGUGAAUAUCAAUCAAUUUCCCAGGAAGAAUCCUCGAUGGCUCUGCAGAGGCCUCGUGAUGAGGAAGAUGUCAUUGAAACGGCUUCAAACUCUGAAAGACAACUGUUGAUUGAACACCAACAUCUUUCUCCAGAUGACCCCUUAGUUUCUCCUAUGAAUUUGUACAAGGUUCGAGCAUUAAGGGUGGUUACAAUUGGUGUUCUCUUGAUAAAUAGUGUCUUAUUUUUCGCAUUUCUUCUAUCUGAUUUCAUUGCAAUUCCAGGUUUGAAUAAUCGGGGGAAAUCAUUUUUAGAACUUAUGUUAAUUACUCUUUGUGGAUUGAGUAAUGUCCUUACACUUUGGUGUUUUAGUAUCCCAUCCUAUUAUGAACGUAUUCUUGGAUAUGUUAGCGCCGGCUUGAUUGCCUUUGAUUUCAUUAUUGUGUUCACCAUUCCAUACAUGCGUGAUCAAUUUGGAUUGAUUGGUAUCUUUACAGUCUUGUGGACCUUUGGUAACUUUAUUUUCAAUUCAAUGGUUGAUUAUUGGGUUGAACAAGGUAAAAUAUAUCAAGAAAUUAAAUAUACAGGUCGUCAAGAAACUAGAAGAACUGUCACUGAAUUAUUUGUCAUUUUUAUCAAGACUAUUGUUAAAUUAGUAGUAGUCAUCCUUGUAUGGAAUAUUAGUUUAACUCUUUGGAUUCUGGCCUUUGAUUCUCAUGAAAAGCCUUGGGGUAAGAUGGUUUCUGUGAAUAAUGAUGAAUUUAAGGUCCAUUUGGCAUGCUUUGGAGAUGUCACCAGCCCAGCAGCUGAUAAUAAUAAAGAUCCAAAGGAACCAAAAGACCCAAAACAACCUAUAAUUCUUAUUGAAGGAGGUCAAUUGACUUCAAGUGAAGAAUUCCAAGAAUGGGUCGAAGAACUUUUCCAUUUGAAUAAAAUUGAUAGAUAUUGUAUUUGGGACCGUCCUGGUUAUGGGUUCUCAGAUAGUGCACCUUCACCAGUAUCUAUUGGAAUUGCCACUGAAUAUUUAAUUGAAGCAUUACGUCAUGAGAAAAUUGAAGGUCCAUUUAGUUUAGUUGGGUUUGACAUUGGUGGAUUGUAUUCUAGAAUGUUUGCUUCUAGAAACCCGGGGAAAAUCCAUUCAAUGCUUUUGGUUGACAGUUGGCAUCAGGAUUUACUUAAAAAGGAUCCCUUCAGUGGCAACAACCGUAAAAAUGAAAACCCUCGAGUGUUUAAGAAUAUUCUUGAAAUCAUGAGUACUAGAACUGGAUUCAAACUUUGGCUUAAGGGUGUUGUGUCACCUUUAGGGGUUGUUACCAACCUUCAUUGGAUCUUCCAUCCACGUAAACAUUCUUCCAAUAGCCGGAUCUUUGGAAAGGACAUGUAUUGGUCGUCCAAAUACAUUAGAGCACGUUUACAAGAACAAAUUACUUCUUCUAUUUUAUCUUACAAUGAGAUAUCUGGAACUGACAUUCAUGACAUUCCUUUGAGUGUCAUUUCAUCAGAUUUUAUGGUGAAGAAUUCCUUGAACUGGGGUAAAUGGCAACGGGAAUUAACUAAACUUAGUGAUAAUUCUAUCGAAUGGGUAGUUGCUGAAAAUAGUGAUCAUUUCAUUUGGAAGAGUCCAAAGGGUAAAACUCAGUUGCAACAAUUAUUGUUACGUCUUGUUAGUGAAAAGAGUAAUUAUUAAGUGGAAGAGAAACAUUACGAUUUUGCACCCAAAAGGAGAUUAAAUAAAUGAAGAUGUAAUAAAUGUAUUAAUUAGUACUAUUAAUUUAAUAGUUAUUGCCAUUCCCAAUGUAGACAAUAGAGAAAGAGAGAGUGUGUACUCAUACAUCAUAGAGUACAGAGAAGAAAAAAAAAACAAACAGAUAUCCAUUCGAUAGUCCAAUUUCUAAUACAAUGGGUUUACCACUUACAUAAUGUCCCGCGUAAAUU